AAAUACUAGAGAUCUGCAGAUCUGGGGACAUAGACCGGAGUCGCUCAGACCUCUCGCCUAGUAGCGUGGCAUUGACUCCACACUAUAUGGCUAUUUCUGUUGUGAAGUCCUGAUCCUAUAGUCACGGAAAUUUUAUUCAGACACAUAAAAAAUGAGGUUCCAAAACAAGUCAGUGCUCUUUGUGUCUAUCUUGAUGAUAUACAUUACGACUGUUCACACAUACGCUUUAGAAAAGGCUGCAAGUGAUAUUCUGUUAGACCAGCAUAAUGCAGAGAAUCAGGAUGUUCAGACGUCAUUUGAAAAACGAGCAAUGCCUCUGUCAUUGAAUGGAGAUCUACGCAUGCUCGCCCGGAUGUUAUUCGCAUCGCAACGGCGUCGCCGUGUUGAUCAAUAUGCCAGCGUGAGACAGCAAAUGGCUCAGCUGGGCAAACGGAGCAGUGAUCCACCAUUUGACAAGGACGAAGAAGAUUCAAUGAGAAACGGUCAGGAUGAAACGCCACAACUCACAGAGCAUCAGACAAAAGUCAAACCCGCCAUUUCAAAAUUUCAACUUGUAUCAACAGAUGAGCUGAAGAACUUACAGAAGUUACAUUCAAGACCAUCGUUGGGGAAUGACAAUGUCGAUGAGUUUCAAAAGAGGGGUCAAAGGUUAUCGAUAAAUGGAGCCUUAUCGUCUCUGGCGGACAUGCUGGCAGCGAGUGGCAGACGACGCCUUGAGGAGGAGCUCGCUGUAAACAAACAACGACUUCUGAAGCUGGGACGCUAACAAGGGACGGGCGUUAAUAGGGUUUCAGGCCACACCUUUGUCAAGUGAGGAUACGUGUUUUAAAUAACAGGGAACGUUGAUAUUUUUCAUGAAAUCUAUACAGAUAUAUUUUAGAGAUACAUAUACAUUCAUUGGAGCUGGUGUCGACAUGGGUUCGUUCUCUUGUGUUUUUUCCCAUCGAUGCAUAUUGUGUGUGCCAGUGUCUACCUAUCGUGCUAUGCUAACAAUUGAACUUACUUAAGUAACAAGUCUUUGCGAAUUUCGGUACUUUUGGGUUUUAUAUGUUUUCUGGUUUGACUGAUAUUUAUUAAAGAUAUCUCGUAAUUUUGUCAUUUCUGUGGUAGACUUUAAAACAUAGCUUGAUUUAGUACCAAGGAAGCGUUCUAUUUUUUUCAGAAGUGUUUCGAGCUAACAAAAAGACGUUCGCGAAAUGACGACAAUAUGUCACUCUCGACAAAACAUUGUCAAGGGUUUUGUGAUUCUGAAUAAUUACCAUGACCACGCGAUUCGAACUCCGGACCUCGGGCUUCCCACUUCUAAAGGUUAGGAAGUUCUGUAACUCGCUACUAGAAAGCGAUGAUUGUCUAUGAUGAUGCGGUAACUGAAUCCUAGAUAACGAUAAAGCUAGAUAUUUAAAUGUUUUAUUAGUUCCAAAUACGGUUUCUACAAAAAUGCCAUGACAAAUAUAUGCUGUAUUACUUAUUGUGAAAUGAUAUGACACGGUCAACAUAUCAAGUUACAUGUAUCAUAGGUACAAAUAUUAGGAAAACGCUCUCCUUCAUCCUCUUUCAGAAGAAAUUCAUACUCAUUUGUUCAUACGAACAUAUUUUCACGAGAAUUGUUAAAACAAACCAUCUGUGCUUCUAUCAUUUCUUAAGUUGUGGAAAAUAUAAUGUUGCAGAAAAAAACCCGUACAUGAUGAAUAUGUAAUUAUGUCAGCAUUUGAUUAAUGGAAUAGUAACUGGAAAACAUUUCGUCUGAGUUAAACCAUUGUCAAAAAUUACACAAUAAAAUCAAAUAAAGCUAUAACUCUUAUUAAUCGUUUCUUAAUUUUCGGUACGGACAAAUAUUGGAAAGGUGACACAUUAUUGUAGUGACUGAAUCUGACGGCGAUAUAAGCCUUCUCAGGAACUGCGUACACAGCUGAUAUAUAAAAAAAAUAGGUGCAUUUAAUUCCGAAUCGGUUACACAGUUCUAUUAUAGGGAAGUGUACAAUAAAUUCAGUUCAUCCGGAUAUACCUAAUUUGUACCCCUUUAAAACUUUCUUCAUCAUUAUAAACUACUAAGUUUAUAGUAGAGUACGUAUAUACAUUUUUGAACAGUGCAUAAAUAUAUAUAUAUGUGUGUGUGUGUGUGUGUGUGUGUGUGUGUGUGUGUGUGUGUGUGUGUGUGAGUGUAUGUGUGUGUGUAUGGUCUUGUGUUGUUUCCAAGAUGCUAUUUUGGCAGAAAUGAGGGAAAUGCGAUUCAGUAAAAACGUUAAACAAUGACA